UCAAAACCGAAUGUAGAGAUGGUUGCGAUUGGAUAGAAAACUGAUUUCUUAUCUUUUAUCAGUAUAUUUCAUUGAUAUGAGUUUAUUUAUGCUUUAUCUUUUUUAUCAGAGGUGAAAGGCGGGAAGAUAAAAUGUUUUUGAAAACGCAGAUUUUUAAGGCAAUUUCAUUUAAAAAUCCAGUGAAGUUACCUCUUUCGUAUUGGAUUUUAGUUUUUAUAAGGUUUGCUUUGACUUUGAUACCGCAAAGAGGAUACAUACACCCAGAUGAAUUCUUUCAAAAUGUAGAAGUAAUUUCAGGUGAUAUAUUUACAAUCGACGUAGCUAGAACGUGGGAGUUCAACCCUAAAUUUCCUGUACGAAAUAUUUUUGUACCUAAAAUCAUACUAGGCCCACCCAUUCACCUUAUACGAAUUCUCAACCCAUAUACAAAAAACCUUAUCAAUAUUGACUUGAAAACCCCCUACUACUUGCUUACUUUACCGAGGCUAUUUAUUUGCUUCCUGUCACUCAUCAAUGAUUACUGUUUGUAUAGAGUAUGUGCUAUGUAUGGACAGAAUUUUAGAAAUAGACUAAACAUUUUUGCUACGUCUUAUGUUAUACUUGUAUAUUGCUGUAGAAGUUUCUCUAAUGCCUUUGAAAUGAUAUUUUUCUCUAUCCUUCUAUUUCUAGUAGCAGAAUGUAUGUACAAGUCAGAUGUGGCAAUAUACCACAGGGAAUUUUUGAAUGAGAAAUAUAAGCAAGCAAAAACAUUAGUGGAAAAAGUUAAAAUUUUCAAACUGAUAACUCAUUUACCUGAUCAUUCUUUGAAUCAUGUCAUAUUUAUUGCAACAAUUGUAGUUAUGGGGAUAUUUAAUCGUCCAACAUUUAUUGGCUUUGCAUUCCCUCCAAUAUUUUUCUGGUUACACAGGGGCUUGGGAUCCAAAGUAGUCGGAUUUAAGGACUUCCAUUAUAGAAUAUUUUUAUUAAUUCUAUGUGGAAUUCCUACAGUUCUCUUACUGAUACUGGUUGAUUCUGCCUAUUAUGGCUAUCUAACUAUGGCUGACAUUGAAUCCUUAAAAGUGUCUUGGGACAACUGGGUCGUGACUCCCUUGAAUUUCGUACGAUAUAAUUCCGAUAUGAGGAAUCUCAUUGAACACGGACUUCAUCCACGGUGGCUCCACCUCGCCGUCAAUGUACCGCUUCUAUUUAAUGUGAUCGGCCUAAUGGCUUUCUUCACAAUAACGAUACAUAUUUACAGAUUCGUCCGCGGGCAGUACAGUAAGUUACCGAGGAUACAAAGUAUCACAGGGCUGAUGAUAUUCUCAACUAUCAUUCCUGUUGGAAUAUUAUCUCUUUUCCCACACCAAGAGGCUCGCUUCAUCAUACCUGUACUGGUGCCACUGGUUUUCUUGUACGGUAAUAAUUUAUACCCAAACGACAGCGAUGCUCAAAGAAUUAAGCUAUUGAAGAAAGUCCUUCGCAUCGUGUGGUAUAUCCUAAACAUAGUGUUAACAUUGUUUUUCGGUUUCAUUCACCAAGGUGGUAUUUAUCCAUUUGUGAGUAAUCUUCACCGGGAAAUUAAAAGUUCUUACGGAGUGCAUACGCACGUUAUUACGACUCAUAGUUACAGUAUACCUACUUUUCUUCUUCAAUUGGAAAGUACGAAUACAAUUUAUAAAGACAAGUCAAGCGGUCAUACCUACAAACUAGCUCCGACGACCUUUUUGAAUAAAUAUGGUUCAAUGCCGAUGGAAAAUAUUUUUAUAAAAGUAGAUGAAGUAUUAACCAAUGCAGAAAAAUUAUUACAUAAAUAUGAAAGACAGUAUAGGUUUUAUCUUGUCUCACCGUGUUCUUUGGAGCAUAAAAUAAGUCACGAGAGUAGUAAAUAUCCUCAAAUCGAUCUGAGGGAGGACUUUUCCUACUACCCUCACUUUUGUUCGGAAGCACUUCCCGAAUUUCCUACCAGACAUGAUCAGUUCUGUUCUGAACAUAACAUGCUAGGAGCAAAUGCAUCUCGCGCUGUCGAUCUGACAAUGUAUCAACGAAUCUCAUGUUACUUUAAAAGAUUUUGUUUAAGAGUAUAUCGAAUAAGUCCCGCAACGAACUUUGUAAUCGAUUAUUAGUAAGUAAGUAUUCGUAUAAUAUUGCUCGAUUAUAGAUCUCUUUUUAAGACAUUAUUUUGUUAUGCCGAUCUUAGAUAUGGGUUCAAAUGCUUUAAAUAUUUUUAGCUCAUUGUGAAUAUAUAUUAUAUAGUAUUAUUUCUGUACGUAUGUAUAUCUUAUCAGAUGUAACAUAAUAUAUAAUGUUUAACAGUGCUGUAUCGAUAGAUUUUCUUUUUUUUUUAAAAAUAAUAUAGAACUAUUUCAAAUAAAGUCGUCCACGUAGGGUGACAUCACUUAUAUGACUGAAUUUUGUACUGCACAGUGCAAGAUGUAAAUUCAUAUCUAUUAUCUGUUAUUAACCUACACUCUGAUACUGAUGAACGUUUAAAAUAGAGCAUCGGUAAUUAUAUUGUUUGACUAGAUACCAAAUGUUUCCAAAUUUAUGAUAAAACGUGAUAUUUUAUGAUAUUUAAAAUAUUUGAGUACAUUUCUGGGACCGGUUUCAGCUAGUGAUUGGUUUACAUUUCAUAAGCUUAGUUAUUGUAAAUAUAGGAGCAUUUGUAUAAAAGUUAAGCAUAAAACAAUGAAACGGGACGAUGUCUAUGUGUGCAAUGUAUAAUAUAAAAAAAAAAGUACGUACUAAACAUGACACUUCAAAACUUAUAGCAUAAAUAGUUUAAGAGUUAUUUGAAGGCAAAUUAUAUUUGAGCUUUGCUUUAAUUGCCUAAGGCUCUUCAUUUCACUUGCGCCUGCGUUGUUUGUGAUAUUCACUAAAUUUAAACUCUCGCCACGAUUACCAUAUGAAUAGAAUUUUUAAUUUUAGCACAUGUUUCACAGACUUAACUUCCUAAGUAACACUAAAAUAUUGCUUUUCUUAUUUAUUGUUGUGAAUUUGUGAUAUAUGAAUAAACAAUUAUUUUGGAUUAACCAUUGUAGUCUAUAGUAAUUACAUUUGAUACUUGACAAAUUUUAUAAAGAAAAAUGUACGUAGGUAUAUAAAUUAAAAUUAUUCAUAAUGAUUUUUUUCAGAAAUAUUUUACUAAUUAUAUUUUGUUUAAGUUUAUAGUUAUGUUCAGAGUACUAUUAAUAUCUAACUCAGUGUAAUGGUGAACUGCCAAGUCUUAGACUUCAACAGAUAGCAUCAAAUACAUUCCAUGUUAUGUAAUUCUUAAUUUCGCAUUCCGUAGUUGUUUAUGUUGUUCCAACAACUUCAAUUAGCCUAUUAAUUAACAGCUUAUGUUUGCCAAUUUACUAAAUGACCCGUUCAACCGGCGGCCUGAUAGACAUCUUCCGUUGAACGGCUAGGCGUUUAGUGAAAUGGCUAUCGUUUCAUGUCCAAAUUAACCAGUCGGCUGCGACGGUUAAAUUUUACAUUUACUGUCAAUUAAAUUGGCUUUGUUAUAUGAGACCUACGCCGUCGUUGUGAGUGGAUUUUGAAAAAUGUACUCUAGAUCUAACAAUUUAACGAAAGUCACUAGUCACGAUUUUAGCAAAAAAUACUCAAUUUUAUGAAAUGCCAUAUAAAUGUACCUAUAAAACAUAUACAAGUGCCUACCUGUAUUAAUUUAUAGUGUUGGUUGGUUUUUUGUUUUAUGUUAUAUCUUGUUUAAUUUAGUAAA